AUGGACUUUGAUCUUAGCUGGUUAAGUGGGGAACUUGGUGCUUGUGUCGAGAAACAUCUAAUCACAGGAGGUACUAUUAAGGAUUGUUAUGGGAGUCAGGUACGUGCUAAUUUUUAUCUUUCUGUUUUAAAACCAUCCAUAAUUAAUUACGUACUUAUUGAUAUCAGCGUCAUGACUAAACGUAAGCACGAAGUCGUUAAACUGAUCGUAAAGUCCAAAGUUUUAAACGUUUGCUUUUUCAUUCAUCUGUUCAGAGUCUUUGCGGACAAAGAAAAUGCCCAUUUGACAACACCCCAAAUUUUGAACAAAUAUGGAUACCCGAUUGAAAUACACCACGUGACCACCUCUGAUGGUUACAUUCUAACCCUUCACCGCAUCCUGCCUGCUAAAAACACGAUCCGUAAACCUGUCCUGGUACUCCAUGGACUGUUUGUUGAAUCAAGUAGCUUCGUUUCCACUGGGGUGAAAAAUGGUCUAGGUUUUCUACUAGCUGAUGAAGGUUACGACGUCUGGCUUGGCAACGUCCGAGGAACCCCGUCCUCGCGCAACCACACCACACUCCACCCAAACCGAGACCCCAAAUUCUGGGACUUCAGCUGGCACGAAAUGGGCACGAUCGAUCUUCCAGCAAUGGUCGAUUACGUUUUGAACGUCACCUAUCAAGCUAGCCUCCAUUAUGUGGGGUACUCCCAAGGUACCACCAUCUUUUUCGUCAUGAUGGCAACCCACCCCACCUAUAACGCUAAAAUCAAAGUACAUAUGGCCAUGGCACCAGUUGCUUAUUUGGGUCACAUGAAAAGCGUCCCAUUUGGAACCACCUGGAACAAUAUUUUAAACUUGUGGUUCAAAGUUUUCAAAAUUAAUGAAGUUCCUCCAAAUAAUCUGUUUUUUGUGUUAAGAAGAGUAUGCUCUUUUAGUUUCAAGUUGUGUAAUUUAGUUUCUAUGUCAAUUUUUGGCUAUAAAACAAAUCAAGAGGAUUCAAACACGCUGACUUAUUUUUUGACACACUUUGUAGUACCAGUCUCCAGAAAGCAAGGCCAUCAUUAUAUGCAAAUUAUUAAGUCGGGGUACUUUCGGAGGUACGACUUUGGAAGAAGGAAGAAUGAGGAAAUGUAUGGGUCUUCGAAUCCUCCUUCGUACAAUUUGUCGCUGGUUACCACAAAAUGUCACUUGUUUUAUAGUCGGGAUGAUUUAUUAGUGUCUGAAGUGGAUGCUGCUAGAGUAUGCAAGGAACUAGGUGGUGCUUGUGCUAGCAGCAAUUUAGUCAACGGUACUAUUAAACACCCGGAUUGGUUGAUAGGGAACAGGAUUGGGGAGUUGGUUUACUCAAAACUGUUAAACAUAAUGGCUGAUUAUUAA